AGAGUAUAAUUUUUAUUCAGAAUAAAUUGCAUUGUUUUUUUUUAAUUCGGCAACCAAGAUGAUGCCUGAACCAGAAAAUUGUCCGGGUGUGGAAAGCGCCAAUGCGGGUUUAGGAAGUGCCUGCCAAGGUUGUCCUAAUCAACAAAUCUGCAGUGAUCCCAAUAAGAAACUUGAAGAUCCCGGCAAAGCAUUAGUGGCUGCAGCUAUGAAGGAUGUUAAUAAUAAACUGUUGAUAUUAUCUGGCAAAGGCGGCGUUGGGAAAAGUACAGUGACCAUGUUACUAUCGCGUUAUUUGGCCAAAAGUUACAAUGAUAAAAAUUUCGGUGUUUUGGAUAUUGAUAUAUGUGGUCCAUCCCAACCACGCCUAUUAGGCGUAGAGGGAGAAAAUGUUCAUCAGUCGGGUUCUGGAUGGUCUCCGGUAGGCGUUGAUGAUAAUUUAUGUUUAAUGUCGAUUGGUUUUUUGUUGGGAUCUCCAGAUGAUGCAAUCAUUUGGCGAGGACCAAAAAAGAAUGGCAUGAUUCGACAAUUUUUAAGUGAAGUUGAUUGGGGGACUUUAGACUUACUACUAUUGGAUACUCCACCUGGUACUUCGGAUGAACACCUAUCGGUAGUAUCAUAUUUACGUGAUGAACAAGAACCAAACUCACUUAAAGCCAUUAUUGUAACAACACCCCAAGAAGUGUCACUACUGGACGUACGCAAGGAGAUAAACUUCUGUAAAAAACAAGGUGUACAAAUAUUGGGCGUCAUUGAAAAUAUGAGCAGUUUUCGGUGUGGCCAUUGCGGUAACUCCUCAGAAAUAUUCCCUGCUAAGACUGGUGGUGCCAAAGGAAUGUGUGAUGAAAUGAAUGUGACAUUUUUGGGCUCAUUACCACUAGAUCCGGAACUAACAAAAGCAUGCGAUAAGGGAGAAGACAUUACAUCACUAAAGAAUUCGACGACAGCAGCUUUAGAGGAAAUAUGUAAAAAUAUAGCUAAAAUCUUUUGAAAAUGUAAAAAAAAUAAUACCUAGUAAGUCUAAAGAUGUAUAAAAUAAAAAUAUUUUCAUAUGUAUAAACGACGAGCAAAA